AUGGCUAUUUGGAUAGUCUUAUAUUAUACUAGUGCAUUAAAAAGGGCAAAUAUCGAUCCAUCCCUUGUACAAGAAGUGAUUUUCGGAAAUGUUCUUAGUGCAAAUUUGGGUCAGGCUCCUGCAAGGCAAGCAGCAUUAGGGGCAGGAAUACCAAAUACGGUGGUAUGUACCACGGUCAAUAAAGUUUGUGCAUCAGGGAUGAAAGCUGUGAUGCUUGCGGCACAAAGUAUCCAAUUGGGUCUCAAUGACGUUGUUGUGGCAGGAGGCAUGGAAAGCAUGUCAAAUGCCCUUAAAUACAUAGCUGAAGCCAGUAAUAAUAAGCUGAAUGUUGAUUCCGAAAAUGGAAUUAGAUCCAUUGCAUAUUGCAAUUAA